CCACUACACGUACGUACAGUCAUACAUUCACUCUCUCUCUCUCCCCAAAACCAAAUCUAAUCAAAUUUUCAAGUCCGUCCAUUCAUCAAACAAACACAAACCCAUUUCUCACAAAUCUCUCUCAAAAAACACACAGAAAAAAAAAAAGAAAAAAUGGCAUCAGCACGUGAAGAAAACGUGUACAUGGCAAAGCUAGCGGAACAAGCCGAACGUUACGAAGAAAUGGUGGAAUUCAUGGAGAAAGUGGUGACGUCAGCCGAAGGAAACGAGGAGCUGACAAUCGAAGAACGAAACCUGCUGUCCGUGGCAUACAAAAACGUCAUCGGAGCGAGACGUGCGUCGUGGAGGAUCAUAUCAUCGAUUGAGCAGAAGGAAGAGAGCAGGGGGAACGAAGGACACGUGUCGACCAUCCGUGAGUAUAGAUCUAAGAUUGAAUCUGAGCUGUCAAAGAUAUGCGAUGGGAUAUUGAAGGUGUUGGACACGAAGCUGAUAGGGAGCGCUGUGAAUGGGGAUUCGAAAGUGUUUUAUUUGAAAAUGAAAGGGGAUUAUUUUAGGUAUUUGGCUGAGUUUAAAACUGGAUCUGAUCGCAAAGAAGCUGCUGAGAAUACUCUUUCUGCUUAUAAGGCUGCUCAGGAUAUUGCAAAUGGUGAACUGGCUCCCACCCAUCCGAUCCGACUAGGACUGGCUCUCAAUUUCUCUGUGUUUUACUAUGAGAUCUUGAAUUCACCUGACCGUGCUUGUAACCUUGCAAAGCAGGCUUUUGAUGAGGCAAUUGCUGAACUGGAUACUUUAGGAGAGGAUUCCUACAAGGACAGUACUCUUAUCAUGCAACUUCUUCGUGAUAACCUCACUUUGUGGACUUCUGAUAUGCAGGAUGACACUGCUGAAGAGAUCAAAGAAGCACCAAAGGCCGAUGAGUGAUGAUUUUUCUCUUGCUCAAAGGUGCCACGGUUUAUGCUCAUAAUUGUUUGCUAUCCUUUUCCAUUGAAAUCGCUACUUAUUACCAGACUACUCUUUUUAGUUGUAGGAGUUUCAUGAUUUUCUACUUUGUGAACAUCACGUUUAGUUCUGUCUUCACAGUUUCCUAAUAUUAAGUUAAUGUCUGUUUGCUUUUCAUA